UUUACUACUUAAGUACUUUCCCUUAAACAAACAAAAUCCCAGGUAUGUUCUGUCCUUUCGCCACCAAUCUCAUCAUGCCAUCUCAGCCUGGACCCACCAAUUGGAAGAUAAUCUAGUGGCAAAUUAGUAAUUUCACAUGUCAUAAACCUAAAAAGCAAAUGCCCUUUUCUAGUUUGAAAAAUAUGAUAUAGUGGCGUGAUUUUUCCCUCCAGUAUUUUUUUUUAAUAUAAUGAAAAGGCAAAGUCCUAAAAAUUCCCAUCUCGCUCACGGACAGAACGCGAAUAACCCACACACUUCUGUUUUUUUUACAAUAAUUCCCUUUUUAUUAAAUAUUGAAUACCCAAAAAACCAGGGUCCAACUCUGGCAUUUACGAUUCAAUCAUCAUACGGAGCACGAUUUUCAGUGUGGUGAGGAUGGUUUUUGCCAGAAGAGGUUUUGUGAUUUUUUUUAAAUGAAAUGAAAAUCCCCCACAAGUUUCAAAUCUUCGACUCAGUUCCAGCGUAAUACAAUAAAGCUAUAAGAGGGAAGAGGAGGCGUUGGAAUUUCUCUCAUGGAAAGGCGCGUUUACGAAGUUUGGAAAGGAAGAAAUAAGUUUAUCCUUGGUGGGAGGCUGAUAUUUGGGCCAGAUGCUAGGUCUCUGCUUGUUACCUUAUUGCUGAUCACUGUUCCUGUUAUUAUCUUUUGUGUAUUUGUUGCAAGGCAUCUUCAGCAUGCAUUUUCUCCACACAAUGCAGGAUAUUCAAUUCUGGUGGUAGCAAUUGUAUUUACUAUCUAUGUGUUGAUUCUUCUUUUGCUCACAUCAGCCCGGGACCCUGGAAUCAUUCCACGCAAUUCACAUCCACCAGAGGAAGAGUUCCGCCAUGAUUCUUCGGUUUCAGCUGAGGCUGGGGGUAGGCAAACACCCAGCCGUCAGUUCCCUCGAACCAAGGAAGUUAUGGUUAAUGGAAUUCAUGUGCGAGUGAAGUAUUGUGACACAUGCAUGCUCUAUCGCCCUCCCCGUUGCUCCCACUGUUCCAUUUGCAGCAAUUGUGUGGAGCGUUUUGAUCACCAUUGCCCUUGGGUGGGGCAAUGCAUUGGACAGCGAAAUUACCGGUAUUUCUUUAUGUUCGUUUCUUCGGCAACUGUUCUCUGCAUCUAUGUGUUCUCCAUGUCAGCGUUGUACAUCAAGGUUCUGAUGGAUGAUCACCAUGGAACAGUUUGGAAAGCAAUGCAGGAAUCUCCUCCAUCUGUCAUACUAAUGGCAUAUUGUUUCAUUUCGCUGUGGUUUGUAGGCGGGCUAACUGGGUUUCAUUUGUACCUCGUUGGAACAAACCAGACUACCUAUGAAAACUUUCGAUAUAGGGCUGACAACAGAAUCAAUGUUUACAAUCGGGGUUGUCCAAGUAAUUUUCUUGAAGUAUUUUGCACAAAAAUAAAGCCCUCGAAGAACAAUUUUCGGGCUUUUGUUCAAGAGGAGGUACCAAGGCCUACUUUACCAAGUAGCCGGGAAGCAGAAGCAGAAGAUCUUGAUGGAGAUCUACGUUCAAAGGUUGAGGAUGAUCUAGAGAUCGGUGAAGAUCUAUUGAAGAUCUCCCAGAGGCGUAAUAUCGAGGAAAUUGAUGAGGAAAUCCGCAGUAGAGGGAGCAACGGCCCUUCUCAUACCACCUUGGAGGCUGAUUCUAUUCUAGGUUCAGAUCAUCGUGCUCCUACAAUUCGAUCUGACACUAGACACUCAAGUUGGGGAAGGAGAAGUGGUAGUUGGGAAAUUGCAGCCGAUGUCCUUGCCAAUUCCACCGUUACUGAAAGCAGAAGCUAUAUCAUUCCAAAAGAAGUUAGACAAUGAUGGGGUAAUUUGUAUGGUUUGCCAUUGCAUGAAUGAUGAUGUGCAGUCUGUUGGAUAGUGUUUUCCUCGUAUGGCGGGGAAGUUCAAUUGAUUAGAGAAUGACAAUUAUCCAUCGGGGAGUGAAAUUUACUCCCCUUUUAGGUGUGAAAGCAUGUAUUAUCAACUUUCUUUUAUUUCUUUUUUUUUUUUUUUGAAUUCUAGUACUUCUCUUUUUUAGUUUUCUUUUGGAAAGCAGUCCAUGGGAUAGGAAUGUGUCUUUGUAAUUGUUUUUGAGAAGAUAAAUGAAUAGUGCCUUCCUUUCUAUACUCUCUUCUCUUAGCAUUGUUGAAAUGAUAUUCAA